GUGGCCCCAGCUCUGGUGGCACCUUGGAGCCUGGAGCCCCCGACCGCGCCCGGCUCACCAGGACGACUGUCCCCUGGCCCAGACAACGCUAAGAUGGGGGCGCCCGCGGAGCCGGCCGGCCCCCCCCAGAUCCUGGUGGCCCAGGCCCCUGGCAGCCUCACCUGCCACGGCGUGGACAGUCCAACGCUGACCCCCGGUGAGGCCCCACCUGGGCGCUGCCCACGCUGACCGCUGGCCUCUGCCGGCCCCGGCUGCGCCAAGGGCUGGGCGGGGGCGGAGGGCCGGUCCUGUCCGCCCGGCUGAGCCGCACCCCUUUGCAGACCGGCCCCUGGACAUGGGCGAGUGCCCCCGGCGUCGCUGCAGCGUCUACCGGCCCUGGUUCUCGCCCUACAGCUACUUCGUGUGCGCCGACCGUGGCGGCCGGCUGGAGGCCUCGGGCUGCCGUGAGGGCCCCUGGGACGAGGGCCGGGGGGACGGCUGGCCGGCCGAGGACGCGGGCGCCGAGAGCCUGGGCUCGUCCUCGUCCUCCCCGGAGCACGCGGGGGCCCCGCGCGGCCGCGCCUGGCCCGAGAGCAGUGUCACCUCGCAGGACAUCCUGGCGGCCUGCCGCGGGCAGCUGGUCCAGCAGAGCGGCUACAAGUGCGCGGCCUGCUGCCGGCUCUACCCCACCCUGCACUCGCUCAAGAGCCACAUCCGCAGCGGCGCCCGCGAGGGCUUCAGCUGCGGCGUCUACUACCGCAAGCUCAAGGCACUGUGGGGCGGCCAGCGGGCGCGGCCCGGCGCGGGCGGCCAGCCCUGCCCCUAGCCAGCCCCUCUGUCUCCAGAGAAAGCUCAAUAAAUGCCAUUGCUCUCGAACCCGCCUCCCGGGGGGGUGGCCAGAGGAGGAGGGGGUGGCUGGGGGGGCAACGGCGGGUGAGGUUGGACAGUGCCUCCAACUCAAACCCACGACCUCCCCACCAGACACAGUUCCCGGCACCAACUGGGAUGGUUGGGGGAGGGGAGGGCACACAAAGAACCUUCCAGAGGGGCUGGAGCGAUAGCACAGCGGGGAAGGCCUUUGCCUUGCACGCGGUCGACCCGGGUUCGAUUCCCAGCAUCCCAUAGGGUCCCCGAGCACCACCAGGAGUGAUUCCUGAGUGCAUGAGCCAGGAGGAACCCCUGUGCAUCGCCGGGUGUGAUGCAAAUUUACAAAAAAAGAGCCUUCUGGAAGCUUCCCCUGCGGCAAGACGCCCCCCACACCUGAAGUCACCGAGUCCCCCACGCUCAGCCCCUCCGGGGGACCCAGAAACUGCAGACAAACCCUUCCCAAGCUCUGGGUCUGUGCGUAGAGAAAUCAUGAAUCCGAGGGGUCCUUGCAAGAUGCUGGGGCCAGGGGGGCUGCCACUGCCCGAGGCCUGGAAGAGGCCGGAGGGAGGGGAGGGGCCCCACGGAAAACCCAAGGGUCUGGGGAUAGUGAGAGCCCCGCCCCCCAGGGAUGAACGAAAGUGAGACCCCAGAGGGCAGACGGGCCGGGCCAAGCCUGUGGGUUCAGGGGACGCAGAGAACCUGGCCUCCCUAACGGCAGCUGGCCGAGAUCACCCCAAAAC